UAAUUUUUUAGUUCUUUUCUUGAAACUAGAAGAGGGUCCUCUAUAUCAUGUCACUCUUCAGACACUGUUCUCUUCCAUCUUCUUCGUCUCGUUUUGUUGAACCUUUUCUUUGAAGCUUCUUGUUUUUACUUUUUGAACUUUAAAGAUUCUAGCAUAUAUUCUAGCGCUGUAGCUCAAGAGCUACUGUACAAGUUGUGGGUUUGAGAGGAUGAGUGCUUCAAAGUUCAUUAAAUGUGUUACUGUCGGAGAUGGAGCUGUUGGGAAGACCUGUAUGCUCAUUUGUUACACCAGCAACAAGUUCCCCACUGAUUAUAUACCCACAGUGUUUGACAAUUUCAGCGCCAAUGUGGCUGUGGAUGGGAGCAUUGUCAACUUGGGACUCUGGGAUACUGCAGGUCAGGAAGAUUAUAGCAGGUUAAGGCCACUGAGUUACAGAGGUGCAGAUAUAUUUGUCUUAGCUUUCUCAUUAAUCAGUAGGGCAAGCUAUGAAAAUGUUCUUAAGAAGUGGAUGCCUGAACUUCGCCGAUUUGCACCCAAUGUUCCAAUUGUUCUUGUUGGAACAAAGUUAGAUAUUCGUGAGGAUAGUAGGUAUUUUGCUGAGCAUAUGGGAUCUAAUGUCAUAACAUCUGCUCAGGGAGAGGAACUGAGGAAACAAAUUGGUGCAGCAGCUUAUAUAGAAUGCAGCUCUAAGACUCAACAGAAUGUCAAAGCUGUAUUUGACACUGCAAUCAAGGUUGUUCUUCAACCUCCAAGGAGGAAGGAGAUGGCAAGGAAGAAAAAGCGUAGAAGGUCUGGCUGUGGAAUUGCGACAAUUGUCUGUGGAGGCUGUGCUGCUUAAGGGCAUGUUGAAGCAAGCUGCAGUGGAAAGUAAUCGCACUUUUGACGUUGAUUGUUGUUUUGAAAAUGCUUUUUGGUGCUGGUUCCUGACAGCCGUGUAGAUGUCUAAAUUGGCUAAUAUAUGUGUACUUUAGCUGCUGUAACAUAUAGUCUGAAGAACUAAUGAAUGUUUAGCUUCAUUUGUCAAAUUUGCCAGGAAAGAAGUGAAGGGAAUUGUUCAUUCUCCUCUCAUGUACUGUUACUGGGUAAAUUAUGCUUAGUCUGGUUGUUGUUUGAGUGCUGCUUGGCAUGUAUUAAUAUUAUGAAAUUGAUAGCCA